AUGUCCGCUGGACCACCACCACCACCACCACCAUCACCGCCACUACCACUACCUUCCUCUCCACCGCCAUCCUCACCACCACCAUCACCGCCACCACCAUCGGUAUCGCCGCUACCACGGCCGAUGCCAUCGUAUUUCGGGCCUGCUAGUGGACUCAGUAAGUAUUCUGGGCCUGCUAGUAGACUCAGUAAGUAUUCUGGGCCUGCUAGUGCACUCGUCAGUAAGUAUUUCGGGCCUGCUAGUGCACUCGUCAGUAAGUAUUUCGGGCCUGCUAGUGGACUCAGUAAGUAUUCUGGGCCUGCUAGUGGACUCAGUAAGUAUUCUGGGCCUGCUAGUGGACUCAGUAAGUAUUCUGUGCCUGCUAGUGGACUCAGUAAGUAUUCUGGGCCUGCUAGUAGACUCAGUAAGUAUUCUGGGCCUGCUAGUGGACUCAGUAAGUAUUUCGGGCCUGCUAGUGGAUUCGUCAGUAUUUCGGGCCUGCUAGUGGACUCAGUAAGUAUUUUGGGCCUGCUAGUGGACUCAGCAAGAAAAUAUUUCAUACGAGGCGUCGGGGACAGGGGCAAGGUGAAACGAGGAGGGACGGGGAGGAGACCAACGGUUGAAGAGCAGAAGGAGCAACGCGUAGAGGUACAAAACGGCGGCGCAACCGAGCGAACGUGGCAGAGAGUAGAGGGAAAUGAGAGGAUUAAAAAAAGGAGUAAGGUAGAAAACAGUAGUAGUAGUUGUAGUAGUAGUAGUCGUAGCGAUGGUGAUGAUGGUGAUGGCGAUGGUGAUGGUGACGGUGGUGGUGGCAGUGGUGGCAGUGGGGGUCGUGGUGGUGGUAGACGUAGUAGUAGUAUAAGAAGAUUAUAG